AGUAGGUGGCGCAGUGAGGUUGGGAUUUGGUGGAGUUGAACCAGUCGACUACAGAUUAUGUCUCACAACCGUCAAGUUAGAAAGAAAAGACCAAAACAAGCCACUAUACCGGAACAUAGAAUAUAUCUUCCUUUCAAAAUACAAGCACAUUAUUAACUCGUUUUUCAAAGAACAAAUGAUUUAGCCUGAAUCCACUGGCGGUUGUCCAAAUAUAUGUCCAAUAUCCAUGCACAAUCCCUGAUUCAGGUGCACAUCGAAGUCUGUUUCAAUGUUUACAGUUAGCUCUAUAGCUUUGAUGGAAAGUCACACAUAAUUGAAUAUACAUUGAAAUGUAUUCCCUGUUAUACAUCAAAAAAACUCUGAACAAAUUGUUUUGUAUUGGUGGUUAGUGACUUCAGUAAUUGAUCAGAUUUCAGCUGACCACACAUGCAGCCUGUCAGGAUAAUGUGUGGAGGUACCUGCAUGUAGCUGUUAUCAUUUAGCUUCAAGUUUUAUCUUUUACCCUAAACAUCUUCAUGGUCCGAGACCUCGGACAACUCCGUUGGCUAUGGGCAUGCUUGAACCUUAUCAUCAAUCUAAUUUUAUUUGUUUAGCCCAUAUUCACAAAUCAGGAUUUGUCUCAUAGGGUUUAACAAGGUGUGACAUUCUCUGCCCUUAACUCUAUUAACAGGGAAAAGAACGGUGAACCCUCAGAGAGAGACCCAUGUGAGGGAUCCCUCUCUCAGGACGGACAGAGGUGCAAUAGAUGCCACGUGAAAUAGAGAACAUCAGAAAAAUAAACAGUUUGUGACAUAACAUCCCGAAACAUCCCACAUGGAAGAUGAUGUUUUUUCAGCUCUGGGCCACGACUGGUAAAUGGUCUGUAUCUAUAAUAGACACUUCAACUUGUUGGAUGGGGUAGACUAAGAUUGAACCAUUGACCUUCUGGUUAGUGGACGAUCCACUCUACCUCCUGAGCCACAGCCACAUUGUUAGGCUAUAGCAAUACCUUAUGGUGCGAAAGAUGGCCUGGAUUUGUUUUAUGCUAUGUGGACUAUAGUCACCAUGUACCAUUGUAGGGUCACAUCCAGAUUACACUUUGCAGAGAGCACCACAAAAAAAAAACCUUAUUUGUUUUGGGGUGUUUGGGCCACAAUGACUAUUUAACAAGUGCGCUCACAUCCAUUUCAAAACCAGAGGUGCCGCAUCAUGGCACAUCUGUAGGACACAACACGUUGUUCGUGUGUAAAAAGCAGUAUUAUUUUGAAAGGCACAGGCAGGAAGUCCCUCCCCGUGUCGCGUGUGGUUGAACCCCGGGCUCCAGCGAUGUGUCGGUGGUACCGGAGGAACCGGAGCGGUGGAUUCAAGUGUGGAAGCAGCCUGUCCGCGGCUCUGACCCCCUCACCUCCUCAGGCAGCUGGGAUGGACCGUGGUCUGGAUGGCUGACAGACGGGGUCGCCGACCAAUCACAUGAUAAGAUGCUGGCUCGCAACCGCUUCCUCCUCCUGGUGGUGGUGGGCGGGGCAGCGCUGGCCGUCAUCAGUCUGAGCCUUCAGUUCUUGAACCUGAUCCCCACCACUCCCAUAGUGGAGGAGCGACCCUUCCAGGCUGAAGAUAGAGGCCAUGGGGCUGCUCUGGGGAAGAGUAGAAAGAGGGUGUUCCCGGUGCCUCACACCCAGGAACCCAACCCUAUAUCUGAGGCCUAUGGCUACUGCAACACCCCCAACCACACCGAACAGGCCUGGGAGGGUCACAGUCCUGCCGACUACAAGCUGCUGUCUGUCCAGGUGAUGAUUCGUCAUGGAGACCGUUACCCACUCUACUACAUCCCUAAAACCAAGAGACCUGCCAUCGACUGCACCCUGUCCCCCCACAGGCAGCCGUCCCAUCCCCUGCUGAACGCCUUCAUCAGCCACAUGGGCCAAGGCAGCCGAGGCCACUGGGAGUCAUCACUGGGCUCUGCUCCCCGUCUGCCCAACCACAGUGUCUGUGAGAUGGGAGAACUCACACAGACAGGUGUGGUGCAGCACCUACACAAUGGGCAGCUCCUCCAUCAAGCCUACAAGCACCACAAUCUUCUCCCCUCCAAUUGGACGCCUCGCCAGUUGUGGGUGGAGACCACAGGUAAGAGUCGGACUCUCCAGAGCGGACUGGCCUUCCUCUAUGGCUUCCUCCCGGAUUUCGAUUGGACGAAGCUGACCAUGCGUCACCAGUGGAGCACGUUGUUCUGCGGCUCGGCCUGUGACUGCCCCGCCAGGAACAGAUACCUCGAGGAGGAGCAGAGGCGGCAGUAUCGGCUGCGGGUGGCUGAUACCGAGCUGGAGAGGAAUUACGCUGACAUGGCGCGGACUUUGGGUCUGCCUACCCGCCAGCUCAGAGCUGCUAACCCUAUAGACUCCCUGCUGUGCCACCUGUGCCACGGCCUGUCUUUCCCAUGUGUUCCCGUGGGGGAGAGCGGCAGUGGUGGAUGUCUGACAAUGGCUCAGUUUGCUGUGAUCCGCCGGCAGCAGUUAGACGACGAGGUGGAUCGGAGAAGAGUGGGGCUGUACCAUAAAUAUGCCGUCCUGGCUAUGUACCCCUACCUGAACAGAACCGCUGCCAAGAUGGAGCGUGUUGCCAAGAGCAGCGAGGCUGGAAGACAGCCUCGCGCUGGCGGCGAGGAGGUCUUCACCGUCUCUUCAGCUCAUGAUGUCACCAUGGCCCCUCUGCUGAGCGCCCUGGGCCUGGAGGAGGCCAGGUUCCCACGUUUCGCAGCCAGAGUGGUGUUUGAACUGUGGAAGAGUCCCCCAACAAUGCAAGGGCAGCUGAAAAAGAAAGCUGGCAAAGCUAAAGACGGGGAGCUGUUCAUCAGGGUGCUGUACAACGGAGAGGACGUAACAUUUCAUACCACUUUCUGUCGCUCUCAUAACCAUCACGCAGGCCAGCCCCUCUGCCCUCUGAAGAAAUUCCUGUCUUUUGUCAGGAAAGACAUGUUCAGUAUUUUCAAUGCUACUUCUUACCAAGGCGCCUGCUACAGACGCCCUGGUUGACCGAUGGACAGAUUACACGAGGGUGAAAGAGGAAGGAUGAUGAGCUGGUAGAUGGAUGUACUUUUCUUGUUUUUUUUUUAGUUUUUCACUUUUGAAGAUGAUGCACUUUUAUGCUGCUCACGGUGUCUUAAGAUUCCACGUAUUUUAAAUGUAGUAGUUUAACAUUCAUGAGCACAAAGUUGUUCAGUACUGAACAUUUCCUGCUUAGAGGUCUUCGGUUUCUAACAUUUCUACAAACUUUCUAAAAUACCUUUUUGAAUCUUUUUCAUCUUCUCAAGCAAAAUCUGUGAGAGAUAAACUAAUCAAGGGGAGUUGUACUUGGGGCUGUGCGAUAUGACCAAAAUCUCAUAUCCAGACAUAACAACAUAAAAAUGUACAUACCUUUUUUCUUGAAUGUGUAAAAUUGGGAGAUCACAUUACAUAUGUUAAGUUCCAACAUCAGCUUUAAUCUCCAUCCAUCUUUAUGAUAUUAAGUGUUUCAGUUUAGGGUUUGUUUUGUUUUAACAAUAACUUGAAUUUAAAUAGCGCCUUUCAAGAGACCAAAGGACGCUUUACAUAUGUGUUUUGAACAUGACUGCCCUAAUGUGGCUUUCAUCCAUCGAACGUCUCCUUCAUUUUUCGAUGAUUCACGAUUCUAAUGUUGGUGCUAAAUAAGGUUAGUGGGUUUGUUGUGGGGACAAUUCUGCUCCAUUUGAACUGUUUUCUGGUCCAUGUCUGAUUUUUCACACCCUACCUAUUUUUUUCUUGGCUGGUAGGAGUCCUCCUGUCCACAAUCACCCGCUCUGUCAUGAUUACUCUCCUCCGUGUUUGUUUGUGUCUUUAUUCAGAUUUCCUGCCUGCAUCCGUGCAGUUAAAAACCAUAGAGCAUAAUAUGAAAUGAUAGAUGUUGUUCUCAUGCCACACGGUAUUUAUCGUCACAUUGCACAGCCCUAGUCGUACGGCACGUAGCCACUUUAUUCCUACAUUCCAUAAUACCAUGGAAUUGUAUUCCCUGCCUGCAAUAAAUGAGGGAAUAUCCAAGCUGGAAAUACUAUGCUGGAAUAACCAUUCUUGGAAAAUAUUUUGUGGUAUAAUAAUCUUUUCAAUGAAAAUACACUUUUGGCUAAUUUGGGCCAAAAUACUUAGUAUUACUGACUUCUUUGUUAUUUGCAUAUCUUUGAGUAUUAAUUUUCAUUGCAGUAGCUGUCUCCUUAACUAUCGAUUAUUUCUUUCACUCAUUGAAGUGGAUCUUUUUUCUUCGUUUUAUUAAAAAUGGUUGCGGUACUGUCACAUGAUCGGUGAUUUUAUCGUAGAUUAAUUUACAGCUGCAGAACAUCUGUGUUUAUAUUACUUUCGAUAGAACUGGUUACAUUCCAUUGUGGUUGUUUGUUGGAUACUAAAUCUAACAGUGAUCCAAGUUUAAUUUUGAAAUUCUAUUGUAAAGCACAUACAGUAAAAUAAAUACUCGU